CUCCGAGAUACAAAGGACUACAGGACACCAGGAUAUAUUUAUAAUACAGCACAAGGAUAUUAAGCACACGCGAAAAAGCGCGUUACGCACACCAUGGCGCCAAGAUUGGAGGCAUUAGUUGACGGGAUACCGGGGAUCUUCAUGCAGUGCCAAAACUCAUUGGCUACACACAGAAAGAACAUAAUACAUCUAGCCAAGAUACAUUCCAGCACUUCUGAUAUUUGGGAGGAUGCUCCGCCUCGUGGAAUCAAGUUGACUGGGGAGAAGGCGUUUAAUGACCAGUUCCUCAACAUGGUCAAUCGGAUAUUACCUAUUAAGAAGGGGAUAUCUAAUGCUGAUCGAGUAGUGAAGCUUAUCGGGGCGUUCAUUAUGCACAUAUCCCAGAAAGCUGCCGAGGAGAAAGAACGCCAACACGAGGAGAACCCCGACGAUGAAGAUGAUGAGGAUACACCGAGUUCUCGUCUAGUUGCCGUCUUGCUGAAGCAUCUUAUGAAAGGCUUCCAUGCUAAGGACAGAGUUGUUCGAUAUCGGGUUAUGCAGAUCGUUGCAGAACUAAUUUUCUCCCUCGGAGAAAUGGACGAAGACCUUUAUACCAUGCUUCGUGCCUCACUACUGGAACGUGCUCGAGACAAGGACUCCAAUGUGCGUCUCCAAGCUGUCAUUGCUCUCGCAAGACUCCAGAGGGGAGAAGAGGGCUCCGGGGAUGUUCCCGAUGACCAGGAGAAUCUCACGGAUUUCCUCAUUGGGGUUCUGCAGUACGAUUCGAUGCCAGAAAUUCGGCGCGCUGCGUUGGUAAAUCUGAUGCCAACACCUUCAAGUCUCCCUGCUAUUUUAGCUCGCACACGCGAUGUUGAUGCCACUUUGCGCAAAAUUGUUUAUCAUCAUGUUUUGGCUGAAUUGCCGUCCCCUCUUGUUCUCACAAUCGCUCAGCGAGAGCAAGUUUGUCAAAAUGGGCUAGGUGACCGCGAUCCAGCAGUCCGCGCAGCAGCGGGGAACAUGAUCGGAGGCUGGGUAGAAAGUGUCAGAGGAUUGGAAGGCUUUCUCAAAAUGCUCGACAUCACCACCUCCAAGGUUGCAGAGGAUGCGUUAUUUUCUGUGUUUGUUACUAGACCCGAUAUAUUCGAAUCAGUCGAGUUUCCGGACUCGUUCUGGUCUGAUCUAACUCCUGAGAGAGCAUUUCUUGCUCGUGGCUUCGUAGACUACUGCAAAUCCAACAAAGAUGAAACUAGCCUGGAGAAUGCCCUGCCCGUCGUCACUGCCCUGGCUUUUCGAAUACAGCAUGAGUAUAACGCAUUGACGACAUUAGUGGGGCCUGACGCUGGGAUUAAUGACGAGGAUGAGCUCGAAAUGGCCAGGGGAGACAAAGAAUUCAUAGUGGCCGAGCUGUUGAAGCUUGCAGUGAAUUUAGAUUAUGCCGAUGAGACUGGGAGGCGCAAAAUGUUCGCCCUCGUUCGCGAUAUGGCGUCUGCCGACUCGCUUCCUGAGGGCCUUAUCACUCGCUGCUUGGACGUUCUACGAGUGUUGUCUUCCAGCGAGCGAGACCUGUUCCUCAUGAUAGUUGAGAUAGUGCAUGAACUGCGAGAUACUGUGAAAGGACCGGAUGAAACGAUCAGAGACAGGGAAGAAGUGAUGGAGGACGGGGAACGAAGUGCCGCGGACGCACAUGCAGCCAUCAAGGCUUCAGUAAAGGCUAUGGAAAAGUUGGAUCCCGAGCAACGGGAACAGCUCGAGGAUAUUAAUUUGAGAUGCUUGGCACUUUGUAUCGCGGCGUUGGAGAGGGUCAACGGAACGCUGGAAGAUCACUCAGCCCUCGACGGCCUCCUCACGGACUUCGUGCUCACCGCUAUCUACCAGAAACACCCUGUGUGGCGAGAGCGUGGGAUGACUCUCCUUGGCCUAAUGUGCCUUAUUUCAAAGCCCAUGGCCAAGAAGUCUGCACAGCUAUUCCUUGGCCAGGCCCUUCCAGCUGCUGGGCGGAAUAGCUCUCACGCUCACAGUGAAAUCCAACUUCGCGCGGUGCAGAUGCUAUUUGAUAUUGUAAUGGUUUUCCACUUUGAUGGUUUGGAGCGGGAAGGAGGUCCUCAUGAUGGGGAAAGCAAAAUACUCAGCGCGUUCGAGGGUGCUCUCCAGGACGAAUCAUCUUUGGAGGUUCAUGCCGCUGCUUGCGAGGGGAUGGCGAAGUUAAUGCUCUCUGGGAUUGUGACAGACGAGAACGUCCUUGCACGCUUGGUGGGAUUAUACAUUGACCCUGCAACUGCAGACAAUCAACCUCUCCGCCAAUGCCUGAGCUAUUUCUUCCCAGUGUACUGUUAUUCUUCCCUGAGCAAUCAAAAAAGAAUACAGAAGAUAUUUGUCAAGGUCAUUGAAGCUAUGGCCGACUUAUACGAUGAUCUCGAAGAAGACGAGGAGAUGGUCUCGCCACUUCACAUAGGAACAAUGCUUGUCGAUUGGACAGAUUCAACCAAGACAGUGGAAUUCAAGGGCAAAGGAGCCGAUCCCUCCGUGCAUGUAGAUGUCGCAAUAGACAUAGCAAAGGUUCUCUUCAGAAAUGAUGUAGACAAUGUCCGGAAAAAGGUCUAUGCACAGUUGUUAUCUAAGUUGCAUGUCUCAGAUACCAUUGAUGAGGACCGAAUACGCAGAUUGAUGCUGCUCCUAAAGUCUUUACACAGACGCCGAUUCUUGAAGGAUACCAUAACGCGGAACGCAGUUGCACGUUUCGAAACAGGUCUCGCAAAGAAGUUUGCCCCACUGCUCGAGAGCUUCGAUGAGGCUCAAUUACGUGAACUUGAAGCACUAAAGGAGCUAUUCGAGUUCUUAGACAAACUGACAUCGGAUGAAGACGUCUCGGACGAAGCAGAGAGAGCGGCGAGUGAAAGUGGUCGGCGUCGAGCAGGCUCUAAGCCACCCUCCAACGCCGAAUCAAAGCAAGCGCAGGGAGAUGUAGACGAGGACUCCGUCGAGAGGUCUGAAACAAGCACUCGAAAGUUAAUAUUGAGGAAGCACGCCAAGUCACAAAGCGUUCCUAAUGAAACCGACCAGAGCCACCACAAGGACGAGGAAGAAGCCAUCGAAGAUGACCUUGUAAUCAACUAACAUAAUGACAUACUUUCUCCAUUUAUCAGAGUUUAUUUCCACGUGUAUUCACCCCGAUUGUACCUUGUCCGGAUGUGCAUUGGCUUUACGAGUACCUACGUUAGGGGAAUGUCCUAAUUGCAAUAUCCGAUUGUCAGACAACC